UACUGGCAGGGCGUGCAGGUGCUGCAUGGCGGCGGGCACCGGGGCCCUCGGGCCCUUCCCCGCCGCCGCGCUGCACGAUUUCCCCUACUCCCCUCAAACCGCGGCCCCCGUCUCCCACGGCCCCCCGGCGGGGGGGGUUCCUCCGGCCGCCGAUUUGGUGCUGGGAGCCGCGGCCGGCUGCAUGGCCUGCGUGCUCACCAACCCGCUGGAGGUGGUCAAGACGCGGCUGCAGCUGCAGGGCGAGCUGCGGGCUCCCGGCACCUAUCCCCGGCCGUACCGCGGCGUGCUGCGGGCGGUGGGAGCCGUGUGCCGUGCCGACGGGCUGCGGGGGCUGCAGAAGGGGCUGGCGGCGGGGCUGCUGUACCAGGGGUUGAUGAACGGCGUCCGCUUCUAUUGCUACUCCUGCGCGCUGGACGCCGGCUGGACCGGGUGGCCCGGGGGCACCGUGGUGGCCGGGGCGGUGGCCGGGGCGGUGGGAGCCUUCGUGGGCAGCCCCGCGUACCUGGUCAAGACCCACCUCCAAGCCCAGACGCUGUCAGCCAUGGCCGUGGGCCACCAGCACAACCACGAGAGCAUCUCGGACGCCUUCGGGAGCAUCUACCGGCAGCACGGCGUGGCAGGGCUGUGGCGUGGGGUGUCAGGUGCGGUGCCACGCGUGGCGGUGGGCUCGGCUGCACAGCUCGCCACCUUCGCCUCUGCCAAGGACUGGGUCUGCCAGCACCAGUGGUUCGGGGAGGGCAGCUGGGCAGCGGUGCUGGCGGGCGGCAUGGUGAGCGGCAUGGCCGUGGCGGUGACGAUGACGCCGUUUGACGUGGUCAGCACUCGGCUCUACAACCAGCCCGUGGAGGCUGACGGCACGGGCAAGCUGUACCGUGGCUUCCUGGACUGCUUUGUGCAAAUCUCCAGCAAGGAGGGGCUGCUGGGGCUCUACAAGGGCAUCGGCGCCGUCUACCUGCGCCUGGGCCCCCACACCGUGCUCAGCCUUUUCUUCUGGGAUGAGCUCAGGAGGAUGGUGCGGCCGCAGCCCCCCCCGGGGCCAUAGGACCCCACGGAUACAAAUAAAGGGCUGGUGGGGGCCUGCGCCACCUCGGUGCUCUGCAGCCUGCUGAGGGUUUAUCUCUACAUCCAGUGCCUGAAGUAAGCUCCCGCCCCGCAUCCACACGGGAUCUGAUUCUGGGAUCCGUGUUGGGGGAUCCAUUUUUGGGGGGUCUGGUUUUGGGAGGAUCCUCUUUUGGGGAUCUGCCUUUGGGAUCCACCGCGUUUGGAGAUCUGCUUUGGGAAGGCUCUGCUGUGGCGAUCUGCUCUUGGGGAUCUGCUUUUGAGUAUCCACAUUUAGAGAUCUGCUUCUGGGUUGGCUACAUUUGGCUAACUGCAUUUCGGAUCCAGCUCUGGGCGAUGCACAUUUUGGGUAUCUGUUUUGGGGGAUCCACAUUUGGAGAUCCAAUUUUGUGUUAUCCGCCUUUGGGAUCCACAUUUUGGGUAGCCUCUUAUGGAGGAUCUGCUUUUGGGGAUCCCCCCUUGGGGAUCUGCUUUGGCUUUCUCCUUUUGGGGUCUGUGCUUUUGGGAAUCCUCUUUUGAGAUCCCCUUUGGGGGUCUACUCUUGGCCAUCCACUUUUUGGGAUCAGCUUUUAGCUAUCUUCAUUUGGGGAUCCCCAUUUUGGAUGCUCCCCUUUUUGGAUCCCCACCCCUUGGUUUUCCACUUCGGGGUUCCCUCUUUGGGUUUUCCUUUUUGAGG